AUGCCUUGUUUCAAGCAGCCUAAGCACUUCCAGAGUCUGCUACUUCUGCACUGGCCCCUGAGCUACCUUGGCAUAUUUUGGAUCUUGCAGCCACUGGCCAUUUACCUACUGUUUACAUCCUGGUGGCCACUACCAGCCCUUUACUUUGCCUGGUUUCUCCUGGACUGGAAGACCCCAGAGCAAGGUGGCAGGCGAUCGGCCUGGGUAAGGAACUGGUGUGCCUGGACCCACAUCAGGGACUAUUUUCCCAUUUCCAUCCUGAAGACUAAAGAUCUAUCACCUGAGCACAACUAUCUCAUGGGAGUUCACCCCCAUGGCCUCUUGACCUUCGGCGCCUUCUGUAACUUCUGCACUGAGGCCACAGGCUUCUCGAAGAUCUUUCCAGGCAUCACUCCCCAUCUGGCCACGCUGUCCUGGUUCUUCAAGAUCCCCUUUAUUAGGGACUACCUCAUGGCCAAAGGUGUGUGCUCCGUGAGUCAGCCAGCUAUUGACUACCUGCUGAGCCAUGACACUGGCAACCUUGUGGGCAUUGUAGUUGGAGGAGUGGGAGAGGCCCUGCAGAGUGUGCCCAACACCACCAGGCUCAUCCUCCAGAAGCGCAAGGGCUUUGUGCGCAUGGCACUCCAGCAUGGGGCUCAUCUGGUCCCCACCUACACUUUUGGAGAAACUGAGGUGUAUGAUCAGGUGCUGUUCCAUAAGGACAGCUUUAUGUACAAGUUCCAGAGCUACUUCCGCCAGAUACUUGGUUUCUAUUUUUGCAUCUUCUAUGGACGAGGCUUCCGCCAAGGCUCCACUGGGCUCCUGCCGUACCCGCUGCCUAUCGUCACUGUGGUGGGGGAGCCUCUGCCUCUGCCCAAAAUCGAAAAACCAAGCCAGGAGAUGGUGGACAAAUACCACACCCUCUAUAUGAAGGCCCUGACCAAACUGUUUGAUCAGCACAAGACCCAGUACGGCUGCCCAGAGACCCAAAAGCUGCUUUUCCUGUGA